AGUCCUCUCCGGUUUUUUAGGUAGUUAACUUGUAGAGUUUGCGCAGAGGCUCUGAUGUGUUGUCAUACUCUAAAAACGUGUUUUUUCACUAUUUAAGAUUCCAAAGGUCCUUUGAAAACAUUGAACAAGUAAGAAUUUUCUGAAUUUCAAAGAGUUUUUGUUUAGUUUAGUAAAUAUUUUGUAGAAACUUUAAAAUUUGUAUCUUUAAAAUUUCAAUUAGUUCUUUAAUUUCGUUAUUUACCAACUUUUAGUAGAUUGACGAUGUCAUCGUAUUACGGCAACUAUUCCCCUCCGUCGACUCCUCAAUCCCCUACACCGACGUCGGGUUCUACUGUUUUGUUGCUUAACCGGCAAGAUUCAUCUGAAAGUAAUCUGAGAAAUAGAGUAGCUACAGCAGCAUCAAAGCGAAAGAAGUACUUGCGAAGAAUUUUCAAAUUCAGGCAAAUGGAUUUUGAGUAUGCUCUCUGGCAAAUGCUUUUCUUAUUCGUAUCUCCCCAAAAAGUCUAUCGAAAUUUUGCCUACAGAAAACAAACAAAAAAUCAAUGGGCUAGAGAUGAUCCUGCGUUUCUAAUUCUACUGUUUUUAUGGUUAACUAUCUCAUCAAUUGGGUUUUCACUCGUUCUGAAGUUGGGUUUUGCAGGUUUUAUUAAGUUCUGGCUUUGGGUUAUCUUUAUUGAUUGCGUCGGAGUAGGAGUUGUUAUUGCUACUAUUAUGUGGUUUGUAGCAAACAACUAUUUGUUACCAGAAGGAUCAAAAGCGGAUGUUGAAUGGGGAUACUCUUUUGAUGUUCACUUAAAUGCUUUUUUUCCAUUAUUAAUGAUCUUGCAUCUGUUUCAAUUACCUUUUCUAGCCUUUAUGAAUCACAAUUUCUUAUCGCUGUUGUUUGGAAAUACGUUGUGGCUGUUCGCAAUUGGCUAUUAUGUUUAUAUAUCAUUUUUAGGGUAUAGUGCACUUCCGUUUCUGAAGAAGACAAGAGUGAUUUUAAUACCAAUGACAGUUGCAUUCAUGUUUUAUUUAAUUUCGGUGAUAGUUGGAUGGAAUAUUAGCGCGGCUUUGUGCGCCUUUUAUAAGCACAGAGUCUAA